GAGAGAAAAAGGGCGGAGAGUGGGGUGAGAAACCUUCUGGUUGAAGCUUUAUUAACCAGCGCUCUCCCAGUGGAAGGUUCGUCACCAACUACGCAUGCGUUCAUGAGGCUUUAAGCGCGUCCUGCGUGGCUACGUGGAAGGAAGUCCAACCUCAAUGUGAAACCUACUUCGGAGCGCAGUGGAAGCAAGUCCAAUUGAACAAAGUGGGAUUUUCUUCCCGCACCUCUGCUGACUGGGAGAACUGCAGGCACAACCAGCCACAAACCAGCGCUUAGUAACAAGCCUUCUAAUAUUCGAACAUCAUGAUGCCACGGAAGAAGGCAAGUGGAGCUGAAGGACAGAAGAGGUGGAAGUUGGAGGCAGAGGAAUCCAAGAGGUCGAGCAGGUUCUUCGUGCCCUUCUUUUCAAGGGCCGGAACAAGUAGCUCCACACCACCUUCCACAGAGUUGCCAGCACCUGCUUCAGUGUUUUCGGAAUCCGAAGGUGGAUCAAGUGCACAUCCGCCACAAGUGGAGGAGGAAGUCCAGUCAGAUGAAGAGGCUGCCACAGAGAGUGUGGACGUGACAGGAGAGGAAGCUGGUGGUGAUGUCGAGUCUACUGAUGAGACUGAACCCAAGGAGGAGGAGGAGGACACUACACGCAGUGAACUGGAUGCUGCCCAAGAGCCUCCAACUGUUAUGCCGGAAGUGAUUGAUCAGCAUGACAUCGGACUUCUGCAGUUUGACAAGGAUACUGGAAGACCAAUUCUGCCUGACACGCUGAGAACAGAAAUAAUAAAGCUGUGUUCAAAGUAUUUCCAGAACACUGAGGGGCUUUUCCUACCAACAAAUAACCGUGCAAUGAACAAGACUUGGUUCAGGAAGAGAUUGGGAAGUGGUCGUGGUGAGGAGGUGGCUCGCACAUGGCUGGUCUAUUCCCCUUCUAAGAAGUCUGCAUUUUGCUUCUGCUGUCUUCUCUUUUCCCGGUCAGACCAUCAGUCAACAUUGGAGCAGGAAAGUGGAUUCAACCACUGGAAAGCACCUGAAAGGAUUUGUGUUCAUGAGAAUGCCAAGAAUCAUCGGGAGUGCUUCACACAGUGGAAAAAAAUGGAAAGAAAUGUAGCUGGAAACAGAGGACUCAUUGAUGCGGAACUUCGGUCACAGAUUGAGAAGGAGAAGCAGAGGUGGCGCGAAAUCUUGACAAGAAUCCUUAACUGCAUCAAAUACCUUGCAACUCAGAACCUGGCUUUGCAAGGACAUAGGGAGUCACUUCAGCUAGACAAGGAUGAUUCCAAUGUAGGAAAUUUCCUUGGCUUAGUAAAACUAAUGGCUACUUGUGACCCAGUCAUGAAAGAAUACCUGACCCAUGUGGAAAGUCAUCCUGGAUCCACCUCUUAUCUCUCACCGGCAGUCCAGAAUGAAUUCAUCCACCUGAUGGCAUUCACUGUUCGCCAGAGUCCAAGUUGUGUGCCAUAUAGUAAUUUUGAAUCUGUCUUGCACUCAAAGGGUUUCAAGGCUGCCGGAAUAAACUGCCCUCCAGUGGAUCUAAAAAAUUUCAGGAUAACUGCCAUGCUCCUUUGGGCAGUUUGGAUCAGAUGUUCCCUUUGUGCCUCUCUUUUGCCAGAAGGAUGUAGCACCACACCUAGAUACUUAAAACAUUUGACUUGCUCAGUCCCAUGUCCAUUUAUACACCAAUUAUAA